UUGUCAUCAGUCGCUCAACACGCAGCCAACAGCAACCAUGAGGAUCCUGGUUGCUUUGUUCCUGGUCUCAGCUACGUCAGCCCAACUGCAGAAGCGUGAGGCUGACCCCACUCCAGGCGAAGCUGAACAUCAAAAACGUGAAGCAAAGGCCGACCCCGGUGGACAUGGUCACGUCAUCGGCCAUGGAAAUAGCAUAGGCCACGGUCACGCCGUUGGACACUCAGUCGGCCACGUCGUUAGCCACUCAGUAGGACAUGGACAUGGCUUAGGACACGGUCAUGGGUUGGGACACGGUCAUGGCUUAGGUCUUGGACACGUCCUUCAAGGUCAUGGCUUGGGAUAUGGUCAUGGAGGUGUACAUGAUUUUGGACAUGGGCACGGGCACAACAUUGGUUAUGGUCAUGGAGGAACUCAUGACUACGUGUCCGAGUAUGGCUUCACCUCUGGACACGGUGGUCAUGGACACGGCGGUCAUGGACACGGCGGUAUUGGGCAUGGCAUUGGACAUGGCGGUCUUGGACAUGGCGGUAUUGGACAUGGCGGUCUUGGACAUGGCGGUCUUGGACAUGGCGGUCUUGGACAUGGUCUUGGACAUGGCAUAGGAUACGGUUAUGGAGCAGGAAUCGGUCAUGGCGUGGGAUUCGGGCACGGCAUUGGCCAUGGGCACGGCAUUGGCCAUGGGCACGGCCAUGGAAUUAGCCAUGGGUACGGACACGGUCAUGGAUACGGUCACGGAGGGUUGGGGAACAUCGUGGGGUACGGAGUGUCUUACUACCCAUACAAUGCCAACUCUUACUUGCCCUACCAUGGCAUUGUGAAGAGGGACGCUAAACCAGAAGCCAAUGCCAAGGCUACUGCCAAAGCCGACCCCGAUGCCAAAGCAAAAUCCAAAGCCAGCGGUGGGCACGGCUUCGGACAUGGUGGUGGUGGACACGGCCUCGGACAUGGUGGUGGACACGGCUUCAGACAUGGUGGUGGACACGGCUUCGGAGUCGCUGGUGGACACGGCCUCGGACAUGGUGGUGGACACGGCUUCGGACUCGCUGGUGGACACCGUUUCGGACACGGCGUGGGAGUUGGACUAGGUCACGGUCUAGCACAUGGUGGUGGUCAUGCAGUAGGUCAUGCGGUAGGUCAUGGUGUUGCUCAUGGUGGGGGUCAUGCGGUAGGUCAUGGUGUUGCUCAUGGUGGGGGUCAUGCAGUAGGUCAUGGCGGUGGUCAUGCGGCAGGUCACGGCGUCGGUCAAGCUGUAAGUCAUGUUGUAGGUCAGGCAGUAGCUCAUGCUGUAGGUCAGGCAGUAGGUCACGCUGAGAGUCAUGCAGUAGGUCAUGCUACAGGUCAUGCAGUAGGUCAUGCUACAGGUCAUGCAGUAGGUCAUGCUACAGGUCAUGCAGUAGGUCAUGCUACAGGUCAUGCAGUAGGUCAUGCUACAGGUCAUGCAGUAGGUCAUGCAGUUGGUCAUGCUACAGGUCAUGCAGUAGGUCAUGGUGUGGGUCACGCAGUAGGCCAUGGUGUAGGCAUGGUGUAGGUCAUGGUGUAGGUCAUGGUGUAGGUCAUGGUGUGGGUCAUGGUGUGGCGCAUGCAGUAGGUCAUGGUGUGGGUCAUGCAGUAGGUCAUGGUGUGGGUCACGCAGUAGGUCAUGGUGUAGGUCAUGGUGUAGGUCAUGGUGUGGUCAUGGUGUGGGUCAUGGUGUGGCUCAUGCAGUAGGUCAUGGUGUAGGUCAUGGUGUAGGUCAUGGUGUGGCUCAUGCAGUAGGUCAUGGUGUAGGUCAUGGUGUAGGUCAUGGUGUGGGUCAUGGUGUGGUCAUGCAGUAGGUCAUGUUGUGGGUCAUAGUGUAGGUCAUGGGUUGGUUAUGGAG